AUGUCCGACACAGCAAAAGUCGUUCUGAUCAGCGGCGGCAACACAGGAAUUGGCGCCGCCACGGCCGAGCUGCUAGCUUCCCAAGGUUGGCGAGUCAUCAUCAGUGGACGUAACGCAGAUUCUGCCAAGCGUGUCACUGACAGCAUCACUGCCAAAGGUGGCCAGGUCCGCUUUCUGCAGGCGGACAUCGGUCGCGAAAAUGAGGUGAUUCGUCUGCACAAAGAUGCAUUGGACAUCUGGGGACGGCUCGACGCUGCGGUCAACAACGCCGGUAUCUCUACGGACAGCGCGAUGUUUCACGAGCUCGACACCAAGCACUUCCGCGACAUGCUCGAGGUCAAUGUUCUGGGCUUGUUCUGGAGCAUGAAAGAACAGCUCAAGCAUUUUUCCAAGAGUGGCAAAGGCCAUAUCGUCAACCUCAGCUCGAUUGCUGGUAUGCACGGAGUGCCUUUCACUGGUAGCUACUCGGCUACUAAACAUGCCGUCUCGGGCAUGACACGCAGCGCAGCCCUUGACUACGCCAAGACAGACAUUCGGAUCAACGCUGUGGCACCUGGCGCCAUUCAGACUGACAUCCUAUCUGACGCGCUGAGACGAGGAGUUUACACAUACGAAAGUAUCGCUGACAUGUUCCCGACCAAGAAGCUGGGCGUCGCGCUUGACAUCGCCCAGGCGAUCAGCUUUCUGCUGAAUUCCAACUAUGCUACCGGCUCGUUCGUUAGUGUCGACGGCGGCUAUGGCAUCUAG